AUGAGUAGCAUACAUAGUCAACCAAGUGAUGGCUCAUUGACAUCCAAAAUGAACAUGAUACAAGGCGAUAAACAUCUACAACCAGCACCACUACCACCACUACCACCACCACCACAACAACAACAACAACAACAAUCAAAUAAUAAUACGAUAAUAAUAACCAACAAUCAAAGAAGAGGAUCUCAAAAAUUAAAUGUAGUGCCUCUCACUAUAAAAGAAGAAGAUGAGGAAACAGAUUCAACUACUACGGGACAACAGCGAGGAAUAACUUCGAAUAGACAAAACUCAAACGAAAGAAAUAAUGGUCUCAUUCAACCACAUAGACAACAACCAAUGAGGAAUAAUUCAACAACUGCAAUACUAAGGAAAAAAUCAUCGUUAUCCUUAAAUAAUAGAAGAAAUAAUAAUAACAGUAAUAACCCUGUAGAAGAAUCUCCCAUAUCUAUUAAAUCUACUAAAUCAAUACCAUUAAAUAGAUCUAAUUCUUCAAUCACUUUUGAAAAACAAAAAAUUGUUCCAAGAUCAAGAACUCAUUCAGAACAAAGCAUUUUAAGUAGUUUAUCUUUGAAAUCAUUAAUUCACAACCAACCACAAUACAAUAACAAUAAUAAUAACGCUAAUAUCGACAACAACGCAACAUCAUUGAAAUCUUAUAAAAGUUUGAUUGAUAUGUCCAAACAAAUUCAAUCUCCUGCAAUGUUCUCCCUAAGGAGAAAUACUAGCACUACUACUACUACUACUAAUACAAACAACAAUAAUAUAAACGGCAUCAAUAAUAAUAAUAAUAAUAAUAAUAAUAAUUCUGCCGCAACUUCAAUCAUUAAUAACAAUACCAACAACACUAACACUACCGAUGAUGAUAAUAAUAACAACACUAAUGCUUCAAUAUAUUCUGAUAAAACUGAAAUAGGAUCAAAAGUACCCCUUAUAGAAAAUAAAAGAACAAAUCUUGAUUCCAUGAAAAAAAAUACUUAUAAUAAUAACGUACAAACUGAUACAUCAUCAUCAUCAAAUAAUAAUAACAAUAAUAAACCACUCACCAUAUCUACUUUAAUGUCUGAACAAAAUAAUAACAUGAAGGAUAAUAACGAGAAAGUAAUUUCUGAUGAUGCUGAACAUACAGUAGUAGAUGACAAUAAUGAAAGUGAUGAUGCAGAAGCAAUGGCUCAAAAAAAUUUAACUACUCAAGCUUUAAGGAAAUUAUCGAUAUUGAAAAUAUCUAAAGUUUCAUCCCCCAAUGAUGGAGAUGAUACAAAUGAAAUUGAUACCAAUGAAAGUAAUAAUAAUAGUAACAUUAGAGAUAGUUUUGUUAAUAUGACCAAAUCAACUUCUUCAAAUGAUAUUGAUAAUAAUAAUAAUAAUCGUAUAAACAAAACUAAUGACACAAACAUCAAUCACAAUGCUAAUAAAAAUGAUAAUAUGAAUGUUCAAGAGCCACUUAUAAAUGACAAUUUUACAACAAAACCAGAUCUCUCACGUAGAUGUUCAGAAUCUUCAACUUCUUCAUCUUCAUUAUCAGAAAGUCCAUUAUCAUUUUCAAAACAUGUAUCAAAUUAUAAUUUACCUAAAAAGACUCCAAGUGAUGCAAGAUUACCAAAUUCAAAAACUACCUCGAAUAACGAUAUCAUUACUAAAAAGACAACAUCAUUUAUAAGAGGAUCUUCAAACACAAACAUUAGAAUGGAAAAUAAUAAUACCAAUGUUAGUAGUAGUAGUAAUAUGGUACCCGAUUCUCAUUCUCAUUCUCAUUCUCAUUCAAAUAUUAUAAGAACAACAACUCCUGUCAGAAAAUUAAAUAGAAUGGCAAAUGUUUCUGUAUUACAUACUUCCAAUAACAAUCCAACUACCACAACUAAUAAUAAUACCAGUAAUAAUAAUAAUAAUAAUACCGGUACUGGAAUUCAACAAAAACGAUUAUUAAGACAUUCAUCCAAAAAUAACCUACGAAAUCAUAAUCUCCCGAUGCAACAACAACCCGCUCGUGGACAAUCACCUUCAUUACUUUCUCCUGUACAAAACAAACGUCACAUUAAGCAAAUUAGUAAUCCUAAAAAACCGUUAUAUGUCCCAGCUGUUCUACGGAACGUUUCAGAAACAAAUAUAACAAAUGAAGAUUUGAAUUCAUUAUUACCAUCAUCAUUAUUACCACAACAACCAUUACCACCUCCAUCCACGUCAGCUUCAUCUUCUUCACAAGAUAAAAUUAUGAAUAAUAACAGUAAAUUUAAUUCACCACAACCAUACAUCUCUAAUGAUUUAAUGCCACACGGUACUACAAGUGACCACCACAACUCUAACAGAAAGAAUAUAAACCCAUUAAUGACAAUCACAAACGAGAACGGGAUAACAUUACCAACUACAUCAUCAAGAUCCAGUAUCAGAUCAGCAACCUCUUCCAUGAUAGAAUCAUACAAAUCAAAAGUAACAUCAUUCUUAUUCCCUGAUUCAUCCAUUACUAGACAAGAAGAUGAACCAUCACAUGAUCAUUGGAUCCCUGAUUCGAAAAGAUCAGAAUGCUUAAAAUGUCAUAAAAAAUUCACACUAUGUGAAAGGAAACAUCAUUGUCGUCAUUGUGGGGAAAUUUUCUGUUCUGAACAUUUACGUCAUUGGUUAUAUCUGGAUCAUCAGGCAAAUUUCAUAAUUAGUACAAAAAUAGAUUUGUUUGAGAAUGUCAACAUGAAUAACACUAAUAAUAAUAAUAACAGUAAUAAUGGUGGUGGGGUGCUUUGUAAAGUUUGUGACUUCUGUUUGGAGAAAUAUGAAAAUGUGUCAAAUGAAAAUAGUAAGAUACAAUUAAAUGGGAAUUCAUCAGUUCAUCAUGAUAACACGACGAAUGAAAAUGAACAACAACGAAAUGGAAACGUGGCUGACAGUAAUAAUAGUAAACAAAUUAAAAAUGCAAAUGAGAUGAAUAGUCGUAAAAAAAAUUAA